UCUAGUUAUAUGAACAUCUCGCCUACACUUAGUCAGUCGGGUUCUGUGGCUUUUUCGUUAGUUUUGCGUACAAACAAACGGCCAAAAUGUCGAUGAUGUGUGGAGGACUUUCCAAGCCAGUUGAUGCUGACGAAAAGGUUCAGAAGCUCUGUGACACCGUGAAGCCCCAUGCGGAGAAGAAAACAGGGAAGACUUACGAUGUCUUCACAGCCAAGUCUUACACGACGCAGGUUGUGUGCGGGACCAACUACUUCGUGAAGGUUCACGUGGGAGGAAACGAGUGUAUUCACCUCCGAAUAUACGAGAAACUCCAGUGCCACGGAGGAGACAUCGAGAUGAGUGAUAUGCAAGUCUCAAAGAGCCACCAGGACCCGAUUGUGUACUUCUAAAGGGAUCCCAGACCAAGCAAAGCACCGGAGCCCCCUGGCUGCAGUCUCAUUAUAAGCGCUUUUAUCCUGGCUCAUUGUAUGAACCGAAGUUGUCACUCCUAACAUGUAGGAACAUACUGUAUUCGUACUGCGUAGAUCAUGAUGUUUAGGGUAUGUCAGAAUUUGUACAAAGUAAAUGAAGAAAUGAAUCUGA